AUGCGUGGCUCAGCGCGCCUGGUGGCGGCGGGGUUGGCGCUGGGGACCCUGCUCAUGUCGGCGGCAGCGGCGGGAGAGGACGCCGCCAAGCCGCGCCGCCGCCGACGCCUGCGCAGCGCAGGCGCACAGGCCGCCGCGCGCCAGGCAGAGGCCGCCGCGCUGCGUGCCAUGGCGUCCGAGCUGUACGUGCAGGGCGAUGGGCGGGACGGGGCGCGGUACGGGCGCCAGCUGGAGGAGCAGCGGCGGCGCCAGUCUGCGGACCGAGUCGUGCCCUGCGACCGCCUGUCAGAGCUGACCACCAAGCUGGCGGCGGGACCGGUGGGGCAGCUUCGCCCCGGCCGCCUCACGAUGCAGUACAGCGACGGCGAGGGCGGCGGCGGCGGUACCGGUACCGAGGAGCAGGCCACGCCCGGCGGGCAGCUGGGGCAGCCCCUGCUGGCUGCUGCUGGCGGCAAGGACAAGGAUGGCAACGCGGCGGCGCCGGCAGCCGUGCACGUGUACACAGAGGGCGAGAUGGCGGCUGCUGCGGCCGAGCUGCAGGCGGCGGUGGCGGCAGGGCAGCUGCCCCUCCACGGCCUCGCAUUUGACCCCGCCGCCCCACCCACCGCAGCACAGUACGAGGCGGCACUGGCAGCCGCAGAGAUGCAGCUGCAGGCGGCGAUGGCGGCGGAAGGGCAGGGGCAGCAGCCCGAUCCCUGGGCGGCGGAGGGGCAGGGGCAGCAGGCCUAUCCCGGCAGCGCGGCCUUUGACCCAGGCGCGGGCCCAUACGGCGGCGACACCGCCAGCCAGCCAGGCGCCGCCGAGCUGCAGGCUGCCAUGGCGGCGGCGGCGGCCCUGUACCCCUCACCCUCCCACAACCCUCAGGGUGCAGACGGCGGCGCGGUCGUGGCUGGGGCGGCGGGGCCCGCGGGCGAGGUGCGGGCCAGCGGCGCCGCCGCGGGCCUACACCGCAACCGCAGCGUGGCAGACUACGAGGCUGCUGCGGCGGCGGCUGCUGCGGCCGUGCUGGCGGGCGUGCCGCGCGGCCAGUCGGCGGUGGGCGGCCAGCUGGCGCGGCCUGGCCGGCCUGGCACGCCCCAGGACCAACAAUGCCACCACCAACACCAGCAGCAGCAGCAGCAGGAGCAGCAGCAGGGGGAGGCGGAGGGGGAGGACUUUGGAGUGCAGGCGGGCGGCGCUGUGGACGAGGAGGCGCUGGCCGCCCUGGCCCGGGAGCUGCGCCAGCAGGAGCUGCUGCUGCGCCAGGAGCUGGCGGCGCUGCAGGAUGGGCAGGGCUGGGUGCAGGACUUCCGCCGCGAGAUCUGGCCCCAGCUGCAGCAGCUGCUGACGCAGGCGCAGGCGCAGGCGCAGGGCCAGGCGCUGCCCCCCGCUGCUCCCGCGGCAGCGGCGCUGGCGGAGCAGCCUCAGGGGCAGGCGCAGGGCCUGGCAGAGGCGCCGGCGGGGCAGCAGGCAGGGCAGCUGGCCGCCACGGCCGCCAGCUCGCCCCCCCAGCUGGCGCCAACUGGGCACGACUCCCGCUAUUACACCCCCACCGGCCCCUCCUUCACCUCCACUACCAACCCAUCCUUCUCAUGGGGAGCAGCAGACGCCCCCCAGGGAGCGGCGGGCGAGGGCGCCAGCCUGCCGGGCGGCGCCGAGCGGGGGCGCCUGUACCCGCAGCUUCCGCCGCAGGACGCGCCCGUCCGCGUGCCUGAGUCCCGCCUGUCCACCCCCGACGGCCAGUCUCACUAUGGUAGCCCGCGAGAGAGCCUGGCCGCCAGCACCGGCAGCAGGCCCCUGCCCGGCGCCAGCCCUCCCCGCGUCGCCGCGCCCAGGCUGGCGCCCGCCUACCCGCCAGCCUACUUCAACCCUCCGCCGGCAGUUGCGGCGGAGCCGCGGCCCACGCCAGCCUACCGCGGCGCCGGCUUUGAGGCUGUCGAUCCCUGGGCGUCCCCGCAGCCGGCGGCGGCGGCGGAGGCGAGGCCGCCGCCGGCCUACCGCGGCGCCGGCAUCGCGCCGCUGGACCACCCGCCGACGCUGGGCGCCAUGUCGUCGCCCAAGCGCGCUUUCCAGCCCGCGGUGCCGGUGCUGCCCGACGCCCUGCCCCCCGCCGCACUCUACGACGACGCCGGCCAGGAUGCGCUGGCGGCCUUUGAGACGGACCACCUGCGGCAGCAGCUGCAGCAGCUGCACCUGGCCGCCGGCCUGCUGCAGACGCUAGACCCCAGCCAGCUGGCGGCGGCGGUGUCGGCGGGGGCGCAGGCGCAGAUGGCGAGGCGCGGGCGCCGGCCCGAGCCGCCGCGCUGGAUCGAAAACCCGGCGGCCCGGGAGUCGGUCAUCGCCUCGCAGGUGGCGGCGGCGGGGCGCGAGUCGGCGGUGGGCAGGCCCAGCGGCGGCGGCGGCGAGGGCCCGCCCCGCCGCCUCCUGCGCCGCAUGUCUUCCGUCAUCCGCCGCCUGCUGGUGGGGCCGCAGCAGCAGCAGCAGGCCUGA